CCGUGGAACUGGGGUUGUCACUAGUUACCACAGUCACAAAGUCUAUAUUGACUAUAUCGUAAAAAUUAAUGAAAACAAAAAUUCGAUGUUUAGUCUUCAUUUAAGGUUAGGCAUACGGUUAUCAGUGUGGUUUAGGUUUAAAGUCAGAUUUUAAGAAGAUAAAUAGUAGAAAAGGGAGGAGUUUAGACAUAAUUCAUACUUUGUGGCUGUGGUAACUAGUGACGAUCGUGGACUGGCGGUCUGCCAUCUUUGAUUGUGCGACAGGCCGCGGCGCCUUCACUCACUCAAUACUAUUCUCAUACGAGACAACGGGUGUGCAAGAAGAUAGAAACACAAGCUGAGAGCCUGUUAACGUCCAAAUAACGGAGGACACGUCGGGGAAGAAGAAAGGGCACGGUGUAGGCAACAGAAACGCAUCAGGCCUGUGCAAGUCGAGAGGAGCUUGUUGGAUGCUAGCUUCCACGCUAGCUAAUAUCGUUAGCCGAACUAGCAAGGUAGCUUUUGUAAUCCGCCGGCCACACACACACUCGCACAAAACAGGCCGAACCCAGACGAGGCAUACGACAGACUAGAAGAAAGGGACCGGCGGUGACGGGAGGCUGGUUCUGGAGGUGAGACCGGAGGACCAGACUCGAUGAGUUUCCAGGAAAAUGUCAGAGAAGUCAGGGCAGAGCACCAAGGCAAAGGAUGGCAAGACCAAGUAUGCAACCCUUAGCCUCUUCAACACAUACAAGGGCAAGUCUCUGGAGACCCAGAAAACUGCAGUUGCUGCCAGACAUGGGCUCCAGAGUUUGGGAAAGGUUGCCGUCAGUCGACGCAUGCCACCCCCUGCCAACCUGCCCAGUUUGAAGGCAGAGAAUAAGGGCAACGACCCCAACGUUAACAUCGUCCCCAAGGACGGCAGUGGCUGGGCCUCCAGACCUGAGGGAGGAGACGAUAGGCAGUCUGAGACCCCCCCUCCCCAGCCUAAGCCCGCUGCCCCCCAACCCCCAGAGGUCUCGUCCUCUAUAGGGGGCAGCAGAUCCUGGGCCAACAGCAAGCCACCACCACAGCCAGAAGGAGGAGCCCCUCGUGUGAGCAGCCAGUUCCACCAGGAGUUCCCCAGUUUGCAGGCGGCUGGGGAGGCGGAGAAAGGGGAGGGGCAGGAGGAGGAGCCUUAUGGACCUGGACCCAGUCUCAGACCUCAGAAUGUUGGUAGUUGGCGAGAGGGCGGGGGCAGGAAUCUGACCACAGGAGCCAGCCCUUCUGAGAUGGACAGCCGUGGGCCAGAGGAGGGAGGGUCGGCUUUCAGCACCCCCUCACCCCCUGGGGAGGCGGAGGAGGGGGGCAGGGUGCCCCCCAAUGAAAAGGGAGAAGUCAGGGAGAGGCUGCCCCUGUCUGUCCAGCCUGCAUCCCUCUCCUCCCAGCCCCAGCUUCAAUCCUCCUCCUCUGUGCCUGCCCAGCCUAAACUCAAUGGGGGCCAGCAGGCCUCUGCCGGAGUGCCUCCCCAGUUCCACCCCCAGUUCAGGGGCAUGAUGCCACCCUAUAUGUUCCACGCGUACCCCAGAAUGCCCUUUGCUCCAGUGCCAGGAAACAUAAGAUACCCUGUUCCACAGGAUGGAGCCAGGAGGGUCCGUCCCCAGCAGGGCCCCCCCCAGGCCUGGCUCAAGGAUCCAGACAGACCCUCCAUCAUCAGCGCUACAGAGCUCAAAGAGCUUGACAACCUGGACACUGAAGCUGACGAGGGCUGGGCUGGAGCUCAGAUGGAGGUAGACUACACAGAGAAACUCAACUUCAGUGACGAUGAGGAGAACCAAGCUGCCAAGGAGAAAGGAGAAAACUGGGAGUGGAUCGGUAAAGUGGAGCGGAUGAGGCCGCUGCGCCCCUCAGAUGGCCAGGAGGGCAGCAAAGGCUCAUGGGUAGAUGGAAGGGACCCCAGGGCGCCCUCCCCAGGCAGUAUAGGGCAGUACAAGACCGGCCCUCCACAGGACUACCAGGGUCAGCCAGGUGUGCGCUUGGUAGGCAGCAGAGUCCCUCGCGUGGCCAAAUCCCCCACCGCAGCUCCUUCUGGCGAGGAGGAGUCAGAGGCCUGGCGCCAGCAACGCAAGAAGCAGGACUUGUCGGAAGCAGUAGAAAGAGCCAGGCGGAGGAGAGAAGAGGAGGAGAAGAGGAUGGAAGAGCAGAGACUCGCCGCCUGCGCAGAGAAACUCAAGCGCCUUAACGAGAAACUCCGCCCAGCAACAGAGGCCACGUCCGUCCCUGCCGGAGAGACAACCAAUGAAGAGAUGGGAGCUGUGUGUGAAGACGCACCCCCUUUGUCUGUUCCUCCCCCCAUCUCUAGCCCUGCACCUUCUCAGGCUGAUCCUCUCCCACAGCCCCUGACCAUACCAGCCCCUCUCCAAGACAGAGAGAGAAUGGAAAGAGAGAGGAUGGAGAGCGAGAACAAGAGGAUGGAAAGAGAGAGGAUGGAGAGCGAGAACAAGAGGGUGGAAAGAGUAGAGCCUAGUGCGGAGGAGAGUCAGUUUGUGCCUCGCCAGCCCAGCCCUCCGGUUCAAAGACCAGAGUCCAUACCCCCAGAGCCUCAGCUCGGAGAGGGCACCCUAGGUGAGGUGGGCCUCCUGAGCGGGGUAAGCCCCCUGGUGGAUGAGAGCCAGACUGAGAGACUGAUUCCCAUGCCUAUCCGAGAGUACUUCAGCACCGAUGAGAGUAGAGUGGAGGGGCGUGUGCCCCUGUCUCUGCCCCGUAUGGACCCCCCCAUUGGAGAGGACACCCCGGUGGCCCCCCCAGACCUGGAGGGAGAGGCAGGGGCUGCCAUACGCCCCUCUCUCACCUCGGGAUACUCCAAACAAUUCCAGAAGUCUCUGCCCCCACGCUUCCUCAGGCAGCAGGAGCAGAUGAAGCAGCAGCAGUGGCAGCAGCAACAGCAGCAGGGUGGUGGAGGAGGUGGUGGUGGGACUGUGUCCCCAUCAGGAGGAGGUGCGGGUGGCGGAGGAAGUGUAGCUGCCCCCCAGCAGCAGCACCGCUCCCUGUACCAGCCCAUCGGCCCCCCUCACCAUCAGCAGCACCUGGCUAACAUGGGCUUUGACCCCCGCUGGCUCAUGAUGCAGUCAUACAUGGACCCCCGCAUAAUGUCUGGAAGACCACCGCUCGACAUGCCAAACAUGCACCCUGGACCUGGGCGGAUGGGUCCUAAGCAGAUAGUUCGUAGAGAAGCAGGGGACAAGUCCAGCUCCAGUUCUGACUCCUUUGACCACCUGACCAGGCCCAUACGGGACCACAGUCUCCCCUCUGAACCACGUACAGUGUGGGGGUCUGACCCGUACGCACAAACUGAUCCCCUAACCUCUGCCACUCCCCCUAAAGGAUGGGAGGACAAGGACACCAGGUUGGACUCUGGGUUGGAGCUGGACCGGGGUUUACCAGUUAUUUACCCCAGCCAGGAUAUCAGUCCUCUUGAACCCCACAGCAAGACUGACUUAUUCAGAAAUCCCACAGAACCCCUGUCAGCGUUUGGCCCGGGCCCCGAGGAGGCUCCAGGAUCCCUGCAGACAGAGAGAGGGCCUGGUGAGUCCCCCUUUGAGCCAGAGGAGCCUGGCCUGCCCACUGGAGAGGAAGUUGAGGCUCUGGGACAGGCCAUGCUACAGAGGACCAUCUCCCAGGGCUCCAGCCACUCACUCAAACUGGACGAGCCUAGGUUCGACAGCCUCCCCCUGGGCACAAAGAUACUUGAGCUCCAGGAUGCAGGGGAGAGGCCAGGCCCAGACGAACUGAAGCCUAGGAAAGAGCCUUUCUCCCAGGCUGCUGUGGCCAACAACAGGCCCACCCCUCCAUCCGACAGCCUCCACAAGCCAGAGAAGCUGCCCUUGUCAGUCCCUAGCAAGCAGAAGGCUGAGUUGCGUUUGGGAGGGAGGUCAGUGGCCGGCCGGAGGGAAGGGCCAGGGGGUGAGAGGCCUGUACGCAGGUCUGGACCCAUUAAGAAACCUGUACUCCGAGACAUGAAGGAAGAGAGAGAGCAGCGGGAGGAGAGAGAGCGACACAGAGAGAGGGGGGAAAGAGGGGAGAGACCCAAGAAGGAGGAGCGAGGAGGAGCAAAAGCUGCCUUCGUGCCUGCUGCUGUGUCUGGGGGCCCCAGGGACAGGCCCCAGGGAGAAAGAGAGAGGGACAGGGAGAGGGAUGGGAAGAGGGAGGCCCCUGAGACUGAGGAAGGGCCUGUGAAUGGCCCCCAGAGAUUCAGAGACACACAAGCCCUAUCAGGAGCACAGGCACCAGCCUCCCAGGACAACAAGACAGACAAACCAAUGACCAAUGAUAAACACCCCGAACCUAAACUAUCCUGUAGGAAGGAGUCCAACCUUCCUCCAAGGGCCUACCGCCGUGAGGAGAGAGAGAGGGAGAGGGAGCGAGAAAGAGAAAGGGAUCGGGAAAGAGAGAUGGAGCGGGACAGAGAGAGAGACUGGCCGGCUGAUGGUUUUCGAGCCAGAGGCAGAGGGGAGUACUACUCGCGAGGACGGAGUUUCCGGGGUACUUACAGUGGUCGAAAUAGAGGUGGCCGGGGUCGUAGUCGAGGGGAGUACCCUUACCGGGAGCCACGCUCGCGCUCAGACCUCCCAACCACCGGUGGCGGCAUUGCCUUCCGCUGCUGCCGUGAAGAGAGCGAGACGCGCAGCGAGAGCUCUGACUUCGAGGUGAUGCCCAAACGCAGGAGGCGCCGUGGCUCCAAUACCGAAUCGGAGAGUGAAGGAGGACGGGAGUCCGCUAGCGACACGGGGGCUUCAGACCGUGAGCCCAGCGCUAAACCACCCCGACCGCUCCGCAGGGAACUACCAGGUGAGCCCCGCUCCGGACCACACAAACCUGGCUUUGGACCCCCGCACCUGGGAGAGAAAGGAGGGCUCAGGGGAGGAGACGAGGAGGGUAGGCCCAAGCCAGGCUUCCUGCCCAAAGGAGAGCCGUCACGGCGGGGGAGAGGGGGCCUGUACAGCAGGCGAGGGGGCGCCAGGGAGAGAGGAGGUCCUAGGUCAGCUCCUCUCAGACGACCAGGAACCAGAGAGUUGUCCUCCCAGUGGCCCUCUAAACCCAUGGAGACCUUCCGCCCUGAGGACACAGAACCCUCAUCACGCUACGACAAUCGGGACACCCACUCUGACCGACGGCCUGUACGAGGGGACAGAGACCGUCCUUUCGAGGUGAAGAAGUUUGGGGAGGGGGGACCCCAGAGUAGCAGAGACAGAGAGAGGCCCCGUCGUCCUCGCCCAGCCCGACCCCCCAGACAGGACAAACCCCCCCGGUUCCGGAGGCUGAAGGAAAGAGAGGCUGCAGUCUUAGCUGGAGGAGAGACAGGACCUGGACCCACCCCCACUACCUCCCUCCCAGCCUUAGUGCGUGCCUCUGGGCCUGGCCCUGUCUCCCUGUCCCCUACCCUCUCCAGAGCUUCAGGGACCCCUGUCACCAUGCCUGUAGAGGGGGGACCCACAGCCGUUGACCUGCACCUGACCUCUGACCCAGCCCUGCCUGAUGCCACCCUUCCCACCACCUCUGCCAUGGGCACCAAGUCACCUGACUUUUCCAACCAGAACUCCUCUGACCAGGCCAACGAGGAGUGGGAGACGGCGUCAGAGAGCAGUGACUUUAACGAACGGAGAGAACGAGAGGAGAGGAGGGGAGCGCUGGAGGCUGCUAAUGCAGCUACCCAGCCCUCGGCCCUAGCCCCGCUACCCCCUCAAGGCUCAGCACCCCCCAGUAGGACCCCCACUGAGGGAGGGAUGACGCCCAAACGCGAAGCAGCGGGGCCUGCCUGGGCCAGGAGGAGUUUCUCCAGUCAGCGCCCGGUGGAGAGGCAGAACCGCAGGGGGAACAGCGGACCCAAACCAGGCCGCGGCUACACAGGGGGGAAGGGAGAGAGGAGAGGAGGUGCCAAGGCUGGACGCAGAGGAGCUGCCCCUAACCCAGACUCAGCCCCAGGUGGGGGAGCAGUGCGCCCCGGAGGUAAAGAUCCAUCUGGACGCAGGAAGGACGAGGCCAAACAGACCAAACAGAAACCCAAGGAGAAGGAGAAUGCUUUGUUGCAGUUUGACCUCAACAACUAUGCCAGUGUGGUGAUCAUAGAUGACCAUCCAGAGGUGACUACCUUAGAGGACACCCAGUCUAACACUGCAGACGACGGCUUCACUGAGGUGGUCUCACGUAAACAACAGAAACGACUACAGGACGAGGAGAGGAGGAAGAAAGAAGAACAGACUACACAGCACUAUGGGAAGAAAGGAUCAGGGGAGAAGGGGAGAGGAGGAGGAGGAGGAGGAGGAGGAGGCAAGCUGCCUCCCAGAUUCGCCAAAAAGCAGCAGCAGCAACAAGCAUCGCUACAACAGCAAGCCUCACAGCCACAGCCUCCACCCCCCCCCAAAAAAAACAAGCCACAUCUCUCUGCCCCCCAGUUCCCUCCCCCUUCCCAGCCUGCUGCCUCUCCUCAGACUCUGGAGGGCUCUUUAACCCCCCUACCCUCCGCCCUGACCCCUACCAUCGUGGACUUCAGCUCUAAGACCUCCCUGCCAGCUGUGGCCCUGGCCACGCAGCCCCACAGCACUCUGGGUACGGAACUCUGGGAAAACAAGGUGGCCGGAUCCACCGUCCUGCCCGACGUCAAGAAACUUGGACCUAUCAGCCCUCCUCAGCCUCCUUCAGUCAGUGCCUGGAACAAACCUCUCACCACUUUCACUGGGGCCGUCACUCCUGAGGGAGUCAAACCUGGCUCAGAAGGCAGUGUGGAUCUGGGGAUGGACAGGAUCCAGUUUGGAGCCCCGUCCUCAGCUGGCAGUACAGACACUGAUGGUGUACCAGCCAUGCUAGAGACUGGACCUGACAACAAACUACCUGCUCCUAAAGAACAGAGACAGAAACAGCCCCGUCCUGGACCUAUCAAAACACAGAAGCUCCCUGACAUGGAGCCUAAGGAGUACAAGCCUGGCCCUAUCGGUAAAGAACGCUCCCUCCGUAACCGCAAGGCUAAGGACAUCCACGGGGGGGAGGGAGAGGGUCUGGAUGGGGGGAUAGUACCAGGAGGAGGGGCCAGCAGAGCAGUGGACUCCAGCCCCACCAACACCGACACCUCUGUUCCUGAGCUGGGGGGUGACAUCGAGGUGAUGAUCACCAUAGCUUCUGCGGAGUAUGGCAGCAGUUCCAAGGAGUCAGUGACUGACUACACCACCCCUUCGUCAUCUCUGGCUGACAGCGUUCCUACUGGAGGGAGUAAGAUGGAGGAGAGCCUGGUAGCCAACGUGCCCCUACCCCACUCUCUGCCUCUCCCUCGUAGAGAGGCGCUACAGCAGAGCUCCAAUCUCAGUACUGUCUCUCCUGCUAGCGUUGACCUCACACUGAAGAUGGAGUCAGCUCGUAAAGCGUGGGAGAACUCCCCCAGCCUGGUAGAGAAGAGCUCUCCUGUCACCUCCUCUUCUCCCAUCACCUCCUGCACCACCUCCUACUCCUCCUUCUCCUCUGCCUCCAUGCCUCAGAUACCAGUGGCCUCUGUUACGCCAAGCACCUCUCUGACAGGUGCUGGGACCUACACCACGUCCUCUCUGAGCACUAAGACCACCACGGCCUCUGACCCCCCCAACAUCUGCAAGGUGAAACCCCAGCAGCUGCAGCCUGGAUCCAUGAGCGGGACCAGCUUCUCCCAGCUGGGCUGUGGCCCCCUGCUGCCCCAGCAGCAACAGACUCCACAGGUCUACGUCUCCCAGUCUGCAGCAGCCCAGAUUCCAGCGUUCUACAUGGACACCAGUCACCUGUUCAGCAACCCCCGCCUGGCACCUCCCUCUCUGGCACAGCAGCAGGGCUACCAGCCUAGACUCUCACAGCAGGCAGCGGUGCAGCAGAUUCCAAUCCCCAUCUAUGCUCCCCUGCAGGGCCAGCACCAACACACACACCAACACACACACUCUCACCAGGCCCAGCUAGGCCUCAGCACCGGACCUCCCGUCUCACAGCCACAGGACCUCUUCAGCUCCUCACUGCAGCCUUACAGGUCUCAGCAGGCCUUUAUGCAGAGCAGCCUGUCCCAGCCCAGCCCCAUGAUGUUAUCAGGGCCGUCUCUCCACAGCUACCCUGGGGUUGGGGGCCCUGACCUGGGCAAGCCUCAGUCCAGCCUGGCCUACCAGCAGCCCUCCAACACACACAUCCCGAUCAUGUUUGAACCACAGCUCAACCAGCCCUCUGGCAUGGGAGGAUCCCAGCUGAUAGACACACACCUACUGCAGCGUCAGGGGAUGAGUCAGCAUUCUAACCUGUACUCGGGGCAGGUGCAGCAACACGGACAGAGCAGUUACUAUAGUAACACACAGUCUCCUAGCUCUGCCAUGCAGCAGGUGCAAGUCUCUCUGACGGGCUCCCAGCUAGGUCUUCCUAACUAUGGUUCUGGGGGUGGCCAACCCCUCCUGGCGCUGCCCCCCACCCCUCCCCAGGCUCAGCCCCCCAGCCUCAGCCGCCAGCCCCCCAUCUCCCAGCCCUACAGGGGUCCAUUCGGGCCCGGACCCACACACAGCAUGAUGCAGCCUCCUUCCAGCAAGAUGUGUGAGAUGGACCUGAAGCUGUUUGGCAGUGGGAUGGACAUGAAGCCUGGCACUCCUCCUCACAGCGCAAGGAGCACUACUCCUACAUCUAGUCCUUACAGGGCCAGCUCUACAUCUCCCAGCAGCCAGUCCAGUAAGAUGAACAGCAUGCUGUACCAGAAACAGUUCCAACCCAGCUCUGCUGCCAUGAGGGUCACACAGCACUUCCCUGGACAGUUCAACCCACAGAUUCUGUCUCAGCCCAACAUGGUCUCUCCUCUGGUGCGCCCUCCCCCCCACACCCAACAUGCUAACUCAUUUGGUGGAGGGAUGCAGCGUUCGCCAAUGGGCCCACCACCCAUGUCUCCCUCUCUGGGAGGAGGGCUGAUGCCUCACCCCCGGCCGCUACCGCAGCAGCAGCAGUUCCCCCAGCAGCACCUCUCCCACCCCCCCAGAGGGCCUCCUCCCCCCCUCGCACCUCGAGGCCCACCAGGUCCCAGAGGCAACCAGGCAGAGCAGGACCUCAAGGCGAAGCAGCGAGCCGAGGUGCUCCAGUCGACUCAUAAGUUCUUCUCAGAGCAGCAGCUCAAGGCUCCGUCAGUCUCCAAACCCACUCGUCUCGACCAGGGGGGAUGCAAACCCCCUCUCGACAUCCUGCCCCCCAACCACCAGACCGUAGGAGUCGUGGAGCGCCCUGAGCCCGACAAAUCCUCUCUGUCGGUGGGCAAGCCCAUCCGGACCGGCCCUAUCAAGCCCCAGGCCAUCAAACCAGAGGAGGGGAAGUAGAGCCUCAACAUUCUCCACAGAAGGAGAGGUGGAGAAAUAAUCCAGCUGCUCCACUCAUUCACACAAUCACUCGCUCUCACACAUCACCCGUGCUGUUGUUGGAGAGGGGAGGGAGAGAAAGGGAGGAGAGGUGGGGUGUAUAAGUCUGAAUGAGAGGGCUACUGUGUGUGCUCCAACCUCCCACCUCUCUCUCCUUCUCUCCUGUCCUCCACUAUUGGGGUCUGUGUGUUUUCGGCGGAAGACAGUGCGUAAACUGUACUUCAAAUGUCUACCGUGAUGGUAGAAAAAGAGGGAGCGAAAAAAGAAAAGAUAUGAGAUUCGCUGCUGAUUUUGCCAUUUUUAUAGCUCUAUGAUUUCGGUUCCUUUUCUCAGUUGAAUCACAUGAAGACAGGGCUCUCCUUUUUGUUAACAAAAGAAUGUAUCAAUCUUUUGUUUUUGUAGUUGAACAAUCUUAUUUAAAGCGAUGUCUUUUAGUGAAGCACAGACACGUUCUAUUCACCUGUCUGUCCUCCUCCCAUCAUUACUAACACAGAGCUAUGUGAGUGUGUACAAUCUCUGCAUGAUCACCACACACCUUCCCCUUAGUGCUCAAAGGUUUCACCAAUAUUACUUCAAGAGAAACUGAAGUAAUUCUGUUUUUUUGUUUGUUUUCCUAGAGAGGAAAUGUAAGAUGCAGCAGUUGAUUGCUUGAUCGAUUGAGUUAUUGAUAAGUCUGCCUUCCCUCCUGCUUUCUGCUCUCAUUUCUUUGCCUGACAUGGUGGUGUACGGGGGUGUGUGUGUGUGUUUUUGUGUUUUGCGUGUUGCACACAUGGGCAGGCUAUUGCCCGGUUCUCUGUAUCUUUAGCCAAAGGUUGAGCAGCGCAAAGAUGUCACAGAGCCUUCGGAAAUUCCCGUUGCUAUGGCAGCAGAGUGGAAGGGGAGUUAUUAUGGGUUGUCGGUAAACCCUGAAUCCAGUCUAGGGAUACGUCUCACACACUCCCCUCUUCCAUUUCCCUCCCUGCCUCCCUCAAGAGUAAGGAGAGUAGAAUACACCUAUAAUACACUCCUCUACCACCGUUCACACACCCAUCCUCAGUGUCUCUCAUACACACACUUUACUGUCGGGCACCCUACCCUGCUGCUACUGACAGAAAGAGAGAGUGAGUACUGGUGCCCUUAGCCAGGACACACAGCAGGAGAGGGCUAGAGAGUGGGGUUUUAAUUUUAAAAACUGUAGAAACAGAAAAUCAUUCAGUGUAACCCUCACCAAGAGGAAACCAGACUGACCGAGACGGGGAGGAAGAGAACAGCAUGAGAAAACAGCCUCCAGAGUUGAACUGUAGUCUAUGGUUCUGCUGUGUUCCGGGCAGAAGGACAGGUGUUCGUGUUGAGAGGAGAGCUCGCCCCUGUCUUCUCCUGUCUCUCCAACUCACUCAGUCUCACUCAAGCCUACACCGCUCACUCAUCUCUGGUUUACCAUGGUGAGAAGGGUCCUUCAGAAAUGUACAGUAGUAUGCUCCCCUAGUGGGUAGGGGGCUAUGGAGCCAGUUGCCCCACCCCACUCUAACCAGAACAUGGAAUGAGAAGUGUGUAGGAGGGAGUGGUGGAGGGUGUGAUCAUGAUGAUAAUUAGUUUAGUUUUACUUGUACAGGGGGUACAUCGCUGUAUUAAAAUAUGUACGGUCUUAUUUACAUUCUUGGUUUGGUUAAAGAAACUAAUAAAAUAAUAUGCUGUUAAAAAGUGAA